AUGGAACAGAAACUCAAAAGGAAGCACCUCGAAGAUUACCAGCAAACUCUACGAAACACCACAAGAAGCGUACAGAUGGAACAGGCUGAAUCUAGAGUGAGUCUCACAGACAGACUUCUUGACAAAAUUAUCCCUGCUGGCUACAUCAAGGUAACUCCAAAAGAAAUAUCUCGUGGCCCCUCUGUUACUGUCCAGCUAUAUCAGCCCCCAGACCACCAGCCCUCCGUGGAUACAAAUAUCAUUAAUGAGAUCUCUGUGGAAUACGAAGGGAUUUUUCUCAAAAAGGAGGAUAGGAAACAUUUGUCGCUCCUUGUUAGAAAAAGCGAAGAAGAUUUACUCGAUCCCAAUGAAAGAAAGCGAUUUAAGGUCAUGGAGGUUAUUCUAAGAGCUAAGAAUGGAACAUCUCAGGUGAGAAAAAAAGCCAACCGCUGGUUCAACUCCCACUCCUCUGACUUGGGGCGAAGGCAAUUUUUAGCGUGCUCUUACCUCUAA